AUGGUUUCAGGAAUCUGGAGCGUGGAGCUGGAAUAUGAGAGGAAGCUGUCUGUCACUUUGUCUCCUCCUCUCCCCGCCUCUCACUCUCUGCGGAAAGGAGGCAAAGGAUUAGGCAAAGACAGAGCAAAGCGGCACCGCAAAGUGCUUCGCGAUAACAUCCAGGGCAUCACCAAGCCAGCUAUCCGCCGCCUGGCUCGGCGUGGUGGGGUCAAGCGGAUCUCGGGUCUGAUCUACGAGGAGAUCCGCGUGGUGUUGAAGGAUUUCCUGGUGAAUGUGAUCAGGGACGCGGUCACCUACACCGAGCACGCCAAGCGCAAGACGGUCACUGCCAUGGAUGUGGUGUACGCUCUGAAACGACAGGGCCGCACUCUACGGGUUCGUCGGCUAAAUAACUAUCCCCUUUAUUCCAACACAAAACAAAGGCUCUUCUAAGAGCCGCCCACAGCCUCGCAGAAAGAGCAGAGUCUAGGGAAUUAGAGUAGAUGCAGAUUGGAAUGUGUUUUAUUAAACUAGUUAUUCCACCACUGAACAUAACCGUUUUUAGGUUGAUCACCGCGGAAUGCAAAGCCGACAGUAAAAGAUCAUACACAAUGGCGAUGUCAGUUUCCCUUUUACCGAUAUACCUCAUGAUUAAUGCAGCAACAGGAGGGUCGACUCCAAACCUUUCCCCGGGUAACAGUCACUUUUUUUCCAGUCACGAGCAGAGUUAAUUCCGUCUGCACCGGGAUCCGGUCAGUAAAUCCGCGCCGCACAUUCAGUCAUCAUUUAAGCGAGGAGUUAAAGUAGAUUUGAUGUUAAGUUGACAGAAACUGAAUUCAUUCAGAAUAAUAUACAUCCCUCAGUUCUCGGCUGAAAUGAAAUUGGCGGGCAAUUUGAAAUUCAACCCGCAACUAAUGAUACUGCAGUCCGUGCUGUCUGUUUGGCCGAGCUUCCCCCACCCCACACGCCGGUCACAAAU